GGAAACAAAUUUUCUGAAAACAAUAUUGAAUAUUUGUGAUACGUGUUCGCUGAUUACUGCCAGAUAAUUGCCCAUAAAGAUACAGGCCAAACGAUGAAAACAUAAGAACUUUAACUGAAAUUUUUGAAAAAGGAACUGAAAGUGGCCAGACUUAGACAAGACACACUUGAAACAACCACGGAGAAAAAUUAGCCAAACAGAAAUGUCUUCAAGAAAGAGGAGUUGGAGUAGCGGUGAUGAGGACGGAGCACAAGAGGGGACUUCUUCCGGGACUCCUGCUAAAAGACGACAGCAAGGAAAGCGAGAGACAUGUUGCUCCCCUGCCCCCCUUGCAACAGACCCCCUUGCCAAAAUAGAGAGGGACUCUGUGGACUACAGCAUACGCAUCACAAAACAAAUGGCAGAGUCAGGCAAAGCGGGUCGCUCUGUGAGAGUUUAUGCUGAUGGUAUAUAUGACAUGUUCCAUUCGGGGCAUGCUAGACAGUUAAUGCAAGCUAAGGCAGUCUUCCCAAAUGUGUACCUCAUUGUUGGAGUUUGUAAUGAUGAGCUGACUCACGCCAGGAAAGGGCGUACAGUAAUGAAUGAGAAAGAGAGAUACGAGGCACUAAGACAUUGUAGAUAUGUAGAUGAGGUUGUCACUGAUGCUCCUUGGAGUCUUACUGAUGAGUAUCUCAAUUACCACAAGAUAGAUUUUGUUGCCCAUGACGACAUUCCAUAUGGCGCUACAGACGCUGAUGACGUAUAUUCUCACAUUAAGGCACGCGGGAUGUUUGUUGCCACACAGCGCACUGAGGGAAUAAGUACGACUGAUGUAAUAGCCCGUAUAAUCAAAGAUUACGAUAUGUAUGUCCGAAGGAAUCUAGAGAGAGGCUACACGGCUAAGGAACUGAAUGUUAGCUAUAUGAGGGAGAAGAAGCUUCUCCUGCAGGAGAAAGUUGACAAAGUGAAAGCCAAGAAGGAUGAAAUCAUAGAGAAAUGGACAGACAGGAGAGAUGAGAUGAUUCAGAAAUGGGAGGAUAAAUCAAGAGAAUUUGUCGGCAAUUUCCUUGACAUGUUCAGUAGAGAUGGAGCCAUAAAUCAAUGGUGGAAUGACAAGAAGGAAGCAGUAGUUCGUGCAAUAUCUCCCCCAGCAAGCCCUGGUUCCAUGGAUGACUCGGAUGACAGCCCUCCUCCUCGCAAACGCUUUGCAGUAGCCACAGGAUCAGACACACCUUAAAUGAAUGAUUUCUUCCUGGAUGGACAAUAGGCCACUUUGAAUUCAAAGUAGCCAAUGGAUCAGACAGACCUUAAAUGAAU